GCUGUUUAUAUUCGUUGGUCGCUGAUAAAAUGUCAACUACUAUUGUACAAUAUAUUUUGCUCCGGAGCGAUUUAUUAAAAGAUUUAGGUUGGUCAGUGGGAUCAUUAGUAGCACAAGCAUGCCAUGCUUCUUCUGCAGUGUUACAUUUAUUUAAAGAUGAUGAAUAUACUGUAAAAUAUUUAAAUGAUCUAGAUAAUAUGCAUAAAGUAGUACUAGAAGUUCCUAAUGAAGAAACAUUGAGGAAAAUAGCAGAAAAAUUAAAGGAAAAUUCAAUCGAUCACAAAUUGUGGAUUGAACAGCCUGAAAAUAUCCCUACAUGUUUAGCAUUUAAGCCAUAUCCUAAAGAAGAAAUAAAAAAAUAUAUGGCAACAAUAAACAAAACUAAUGAGCUAAUGACAGAAGAAGAGAAGCAAACAAUUGUAGAAUUCGUAGAAACUGUAAUAAAAUUGUGAUGAAAAGUAAGAGUUAUUUGUAAUUUGAAUUUUUGUGUACUGCAAAGUAUAGUGCUUAUAAUCACCUAAU